AUGCAUCUGUCUUCGACGAUCCUCAUGGCUGCGGCCGGUGCAGCGGCCCAGUCGACGUUCGACCUGUCCGAUCUCCCUGCCUUCAUCAAAUCAAGCUCGAGCACCAACUGGCCAACCCUCCUCAACAUUGGCCAGCAGAUCUGGAACGACCCCGAGGUUGGUCUGAACGAGACUCACGCUCACGACCGCAUCGUCAAGUACUUUUCCUCAGUCGGAGGGUGGACGGUCUCCCCAUCGGCCUACCCGGGCCUGCCCACGGCUUUCAAGGCCGAGUUCGACAACCGGCCCUCAGGAUUUACCGGUGAUCUGCCCACUGUGGGCUUCCUGGCCGAGUAUGACGCGCUGGUGGGCAUCGGCCAUGCCUGUGGCCAUAACCUCAUUGCCCUCAACGGCAUGUCAGCAGCCAAGUUUGCCAGCGAGGCACUGGCGCACUACGGCAUUCCAGGGCGUAUCAUCGUCAUUGGUACCCCCGAUGAAGAGAAUGCGGCGGGCAAGUUUAAGCUCAACAACCUGGGCGCCUUCAACGGCUCGGACGUUUGGCUCAUGGCCCAUCCGACUGUGACGAGCGCCAUCCAGCCCAUGAACGCCCGCCUCAACUACUUUGCGCGCUUUGUCGGCGGCACGCACUCGGAGGCCGUUUCAAAGGCAUACGAUGCCCUGGACAUCGUGCAGAACCUGUCCGGCCUUCCGGGAACCAGCUCCAGCGCCGUGGGCAUCGAGAACGUUGGUGUCUAUGCAACCAACAUCGUGCAAAGCAUCAUCAAACUCGGCGUCGCUGGCCUGAGCCUCGACACUGUCAACAGCACCGUGUCCGGCAUCCUCGAUUCGACGUAUCCCAAUGUCACCUUUUCAGCGGCGACUGAUGCCGAUGGUGUUGCCCUGACGAUUCUUGGACCUGGCGGACACGCUUCAGAAGCCACAAAGAGCCCGCUGACGCUCUCUGUCAACACCUAUAACGCCCUCAAGAACUCCUCUGGCGUAUCGUUCUACCUCCCAGGAAACACGUCCGUCACCGAGCUCGACAUCACCAUCGACUUCCGCACUCGCUACACGGCUGACCUGAACUCCGUGGCCAACUUUGCCAGUGCUGCUCUGGGUACUCUGCCCGCCGGCAUCUCUCACGACGUCCAGUAUCCCUCCCUGGAAGUAACUCCGUUCCUCGGCCAGGCCUUCAUCGAUAUCGUCGGCACCCCCGACUACGGCCUGGCCAACUUUCCCGCCACCACUCUUGCUCCCGCCUCGACUGAUGCCUCGUGGGUGCAAGAUCCUGUGCUCGACCCCGUCACUCACGAGUUGAAGAGUGUGGCUAAGGCAGUCCUUCACGCAAACUACGGCAUCUGCACGAACCCUUCGGGCGCGGGCUGUCCUUUUAACCACGAGCCACUGUUCAAGGGCCUUGCAAACACCGACUUUGCGUAUCAGCAGACGGAAAUUGUGGCCAGAGCAGAGGCUCAACUUGCGGUGGAGCUGUUGGCAGACCCAUCCCAGAUGGCCCAGGCGGUUGCCAUUGUUUUGAAAUAG